AUGCGACCCUCGACUCUUGUGUCCGCUCUUCUCGCAGGAGGUGCCCGAGGCCUCUCAAACUAUCAGCUCGUGGGCAACUACUCUGGCGUCGACUUCUUCAGCAACUUCCAAUUCUUCUCCGACCCUGAUCCUACAGCAGGGUUCGUAAAGUACGUGGACCAGGACACUGCGAAUUCGACUGGGCUCGCCGGCAUCGCCUCCGGUGACCAGUUCAAAGACUUGCCGUAUCUAGGUGUCGACUACUCCUCGCUGGCGCAAGCUGGAAGACCUUCGACCCGUAUCGAGUCUCAGAACUCGUUCAACUCGUCAACUCUAUGGGUCACCGAUAUCCGUCAUCAUCCUGGUGGCGUUUGUGGCGUUUGGAGCGCUUACUGGCUUGUUGGGCCGAAUUGGCCAUGGGGUGGUGAGAUCGACCUGCUCGAGAACAUCAACUUAGCAACCACCAACAAGUAUGUGUUGCAUACUGGUGCCAACCUUGCUGUCUCCAAUAUCAGCGAUCCUACCACCGCAAACUCAAGCGGUAUGAACAUCCGCGGUCAGUUCAGCAACCUCAACUGCUCUGCAGCUGCUGAGGGUAACGUUGGUUGCGUUGUCGAAGGCCAGGACAACACCUUUGGUACAGAGUUCAACGCCAACGGUGGAGGUGUCAUCGCUCUGGAAUACCUGCCCGAAGCAAUCUCUGUUUGGCAAUUUGCGCGAACUGAGAUUCCUGGCGACAUCUUUGAUGGCACUCCGACUCCGUCGACCUGGCGCCGUGCAGAUGCGCACUUCGUGGCCACUGAUGGCUCGUCCCUUGAGUACUACUUUUAUUCGCUGCGAAUGGUCUUCAAUACGAAUAUCUGCGGGUCUUGGAUCGACAAGGUAUGGCAGACCAGUGAGUGCGCUGCUCUGGCUCCUUCCUGCGCAGCAUAUGCCGCAAAGAAUCCCGCUGCGUUCAAGGAUGCCUACUGGCUCAUUGGCGGAGUCCAAGUCUACGAGGCUGUCGCCAGUGAUAUGAACGCAACUGCCAUUCCUGCAGUUCCCGCAGCCAACUUGACCUCCGAUCUCAAUUAUCGUCGUCACGUUCGUCGAUCUUCGCGAGGCCAGGUCUGGUGA